UCAAGCCAGUCCACCCUGACCUUCCAAGUGAGAACCAGAAUCGUGACUCACCAUGAACACCUACCUGGUGGUCACAGUCUGCCUGAGUGUGCUGGCCGUCCUCUCAGAUGGGGUCGAAGUCAAGGUGGGAGACUACGUAUUCCCCUUGGAAUCAGUGAAGCAGCUGGAGGGCUUCUUCAAGGAGAGAUCCAAGAACCUACGCACGCGCAUGAGCGCCACAUUUGGUGCGUGCAGAGACCCGAAAAUGCCCGCGGAGUUUGCACCACUCUGUGCAUCCCCCAGAGCAGGAAUAAUGCUUCGACAACUAGAAAUGAUCAGCGCAGAUUCUGCGACCUGUGAGAUUUGUGCCAACGUUGCCUGCUCUGGAUGCUAAUGAAAAAGACCACCACCACCUCUGCUGAUUUUCUAAGUGGAUCCUGACAACUGGCCCUUGCUGCUACUGCUGCCUUUUCCUGAUCCAAACCAAAAGAGGACACCUCUGCCCACUUGCACAGAUUGGCCG